AUGGUUGGCCUCACGUCCGCCGCCGGUGUUGUCGGCUUCCUCUCGGAACCCGACCCGGCCCUGCGCUCGUUCGCCCUCCAGCGGCUGAACGAGGAGAUCGACCUGCUGUGGCCAGAGGUCGCGGGGUCUGUCAGUCAAAUUGAGGCGCUCUACGAAGACGACUCGUUCCCCGAGCGAGAGCUGGCCGCUCUGGUAGCCGCCAAGGUGUACUACCAGCUGCAAGAGUACAAUGAGAGCAUGGUCUUCGCCUUGGGCGCAGGCAAGCUCUUCGACAUCCACAAGGCAGCCGAGUUCGAGGAGACAAUACUGGCCAAAUGCUUAGACACGUACAUCGCGCUGUCCGUCAUGCACAACCCCCCGACACCGGUCAGCAAGGCGAGCCAGGCCCCUCCUCAACUGAGCACAUCCUUCUCCGGAAACGCGGCAGGAGGUGCCAGCACUGCAGCCAGUCUUGCUUCGCCGAUAACGCCCUUCUCCCAGUCCGCGUUACCCUCCAAGUCGCUUCUCUCCAGGGAAGACUCGUCGACAUUCGACCCUACACUCCCCGGAGGAGGCAAUGCCGGUGUACCAGGGGCCCACCCCACCCCGAUGGUAUUGCAGCGAAACGUGCAGAAGAACCUCCACAGCACUGUACGGCGGAUAUUCGAGAGCUGCUACGAGAGCGGCAACUACAAGCAGGUCGUUGGAAUCGCCAUCGAGGCGCGGAAUCUCGAUGUUCUGCGCGAGUCGAUUGUCCGCGCAAGCCAGGACGGAAAGAAGCAGGGCAAGAAGCCUGCGCAGCCCUCCGCACAGAGCGAGGACUUGAUGGAAUACGUUCUCGACAUCUGCAUGAACGUGGUACAAGAGCGAGGACUGAGGAACGAGAUCCUCCGCCUGAUUCUGGAUCUCCUCAAUGACGACCAGAUCCCGAACCCCGAUUACUUCUCCAUCGCCAAGUGUGUCGUAUACCUCAACCAGCACUCGCUGGCUUCGAAGCUCAUCCGGCAGCUGAUUGAGCGAGGAGACGACAAGUCUCGCGCAGUUGCAUACCAGAUCUCCUUCGACCUCUACGAGAAUGGCACACAAGAGUUCCUCACAAAGAUCAUGGAAGAGCUGCCGGAAGCUGAGAAGGAAGACGCGCAGAAGCCCUCGGAUGCAGGCGAGUCGGACUCUCUGCUCGCAGAUGUGGAUACUAGCAACUCAAAGGGUGACCAGGCGAGUGAAGAUCAGAUCAAGGUGUAUGACAAUGUCCGCUACAUUCUCCGCGGAACCAAGAGCAUCGAGCUGAACCUCGAGUUCCUGUACAGAAACAACCGCACAGACAAGGCUGUGCUCAACAAGGUCCGCGACAGCUUAGAGGCUAGGAACUCCAUCUUCCACUCCAGUGUUACCUUCGCCAACGCCUUCAUGAAUGCUGGCACUACCAAUGACACAUUCUUCCGCGAGAACCUGGAAUGGCUGGGAAAGGCAGUCAACUGGUCCAAGUUCUCCGCGACCGCUGCUCUGGGUGUCAUCCACCGCGGCAACAUCACACAAGGGCAGAAGCUUCUUGAGCCUUACCUGCCCAAGGACAGUGUCUCAUCGGGCUCUCAUUACGAGCAGGGUGGAUCACUAUACGCACUUGGUCUGAUCUACGCGAACCACGGAUCCAACGUUCUUGAUCUGCUCCUGAAGCAGUUCCAGAACGCAUCUGAAGAGGUCAUUCAGCAUGGUGGUGCGCUCGGUCUUGGCGUUGCUGGCAUGGCCACUGGCUCCGAGGAGAUCUUCGAGGCCUUCAAGAACGUUCUGUACACAGACUCUGCCAUCAACGGUGAGGCCGUCGGUCUCUCCAUGGGUCUUGUCAUGCUCGGCACUGGCAACAUCAAGGCACUCGAAGACAUGAUCCAGUACGCGCACGACACACAGCACGAGAAGAUUGUUCGCGGUCUAGCCAUGGGCAUGGCACUCAUCAUGUACGGCCGACAAGAGGCUGCCGACGAGCUCAUCAAUGGGCUCCUCGACGACCCAGACCCAACCCUGCGAUACGGAGGUAUCAUGACUAUCGCUCUUGCGUACUGUGGCACAGGCAGCAACAAGGCCGUCAGAAGGUUACUCCACGUUGCCGUCAGUGACGUCAGCGAUGAUGUACGAAGAGUAGCAGUCAUGAGCUUGGGUUUCAUCCUCUUCAGGAAGCCAGGCAGUGUUCCCCGCAUGGUUGAGCUUCUCGCCGAGUCAUACAACCCGCACGUGCGAUACGGAGCCACCAUGGCUCUGGGUAUUGCUUGCGCGGGAACUGGUCUCCCAGAGGCCGUAGAUCUGUUGGAGCCAAUGAUGAAGGACUCCACCGACUUCGUCCGACAAGGUGCUUUGAUUGCGCUGUCCAUGAUCAUGGUACAGCAAAACGAGGCAAUGAACCCCAAGGUAGCAUCCAUCCGUAAGCAGCUCGCGAAGGUGGUGAGCGACCGCCACGAGGAUGCUAUGGCCAAGUUCGGUGCUGCUCUUGCCCUGGGUAUCAUUGAUGCCGGAGGUAGGAAUUGCACAAUCGGUCUGCAGACGCCGACCGGCAACCUGAACAUGGCGGCCAUUGUCGGUAUGGCCGUCUUCACCCAGUACUGGUACUGGUUCCCUCUGACUCACUUCCUCUCGUUGAGCUUCACGUCUACCGCCGUCAUUGGUCUAGACCAGGAGUUGGAAAUCCCGUCGUUCAAGUUCCACAGCAACACUAGGCCAAGCAUGUUCGAUUACCCGCCAGACGCAGAGGUCAAGGCAGAAGAGGCGCCCGAGAAGAUCAAGACCGCAGUCCUAUCCACCACCGCUCAAGAUAAGCGACGACGGAUGGUAAAGGAGCGCCAAAAGCGGAGGGAAAGCAUGGAUGUGGACCACACUCCUACCACACCCAAGCCUGCGGACGACGAUAAGAUGGACGUAGACGAGGACCCUAAGAAGGAAGAUGGCGAGAAGGCUGACGGUGCCCAAAAUGUGGAGGCUUCAAAGAAGAAGGUUGAGAAGGAGAAGGUUGGCUACGAGCUGGAGAACAUGUCGCGUGUACUGCCGCCCCAAGUAAAGUACAUCAGCUUCCCAAGCGAACGAUAUGUACCAGUGAAGAAGCCAACACUCGGUGUCAUCCUUCUCACAGACACCAAGCCUUCAGAACCAAAGACGCUCCUAGAGCUCAAGGUAAAGAAGGCCGUGCCUGCCCCUGCCCCUGGCGCGUCGGGCUCUUCAGGAGAUCAAGGACCAGAAGGCAUAUCAGUAACAACUGCUGCAGCGCCGGUCAGUGAUAACAUGGUGGAUGAGGGCGAGGCCGAGGCUUCCGCUCCGGGUGAGUUUAUCUACGAGUCCGACACGAACCCGGACGACGACGAGUAA